GACUGCCCACUGUUUUUGAGCACAAAUCAGACUCGAGCAAAAACAACUCUUUCCAUGGGAUCAGCUAUAAGAAGAAUGGCCGCACAAAGAGCAGCUUAGUUUCUUGGAAGGCUGGUGGGCAUUUCUGGAAAAAGCACAGCUGACUUACUUGUCCCUAUAUGGUCAUUUGCUGUUUCCUCCGGACCAAAGGAGCAGAUUGGUUCGCGAAGGAUGCUGUCAGAAGGGUAUCUCAGCGGACUUGCCUACCAGAAGGACAUCCACUGGAGCUGUUCAUCUUAUAAUGAGCAGGUGGCUGAGGAGGAAGAAGAGACAAAAUCUGCCACUCAUUCCUAUUGCUCUGUGGACGAGACUCAAGUCCGAAGUCUGUACGUGAGCUGCAAAUCCUCAGACAAGUUUAUGUCUUCAGUGCACGCGCGAGAGAGCCAACACAGUGGAAAGCAGAGAACCAUAAUGCUGCAGACAAACCCCAAUCCUGUGUUUGAAAGCCCCAGCUUGGCUGCAGUGGAAAUGUGUAGAGACUCGAGCAGAGAGACCUACUUGGUUCCACCUUCCUGUAAGAGUAUUUGCAAGAAUUACAAUGACUUACAUAUUGCAGGUGACCAGGUGAUGGCUAUUAAUUCAGUGACGACGGAUUUCCCCCCUGAGAGCAGUUUUGACUAUGGCCCUUUGCUGAAAUCAUCUGAGAUUCCUUUGCCCAUGGAGGAUUCCAUUCCCACUCAGCCCAGCGACUUUCCCCAGAAACCUAUCCAGCGGUAUUCGUCGUACUGGAGAAUAACCAGCGUCAAAGAGAAAAGCAGCCUGCAAAUGCAGAAGCCAGUUUCUAACGCAGUGCUGAACGAAUACUUGGAGCAGAAGCUGGUAGAAUUAUACAAGCAGUACAUUAUGGACAUUGAGUUUCAUGACAGUUCUCCCACCCAGAUUCUGGCGUCUGAACUCAUCAUGACAAGUGUGGAUCAAAUUAGUCUCCAAGUGUCCAGAGAGAAGAAUCUGGAGACCUCCAAAGCCAAGGACAUAGUCAUUAACUGCCUAUUACAGCUGGUGUCGGGUGAAAUUAGCACACCUAGUCUCCGUAUUUCUCAGUACAGCAACGUCAAUCCAUAGAGAGAAGGCUGGCGGUCCUCCUUCUCGACUCCUCCAAAUGAGAGCAACACUUCCUUCAUUUAUUCCGAGAAGGUGCAGGAGGUGGGGGUGAAGGGGAGUCCAGAGCUAAAAAAAGCAAGGUUGGACAGAGGUCAAGUGUGAAUUCAAAGGAAAUCUCUUACUAUUGCACGUAAUGAAGGCAUGUGGGAAGAGCAUCCAGAAAGACUCAUUGCAAAGCAAAGGUCGUAUAGCAGCAACAAAGCACAAGUAAAAAUGAUCCACGGGCGCCUGGGUGGCUCAGUCAGUUAAGCCUCGAACUUCGGCUCAGGUCAUGAUCUUGCGGUUUGUGAGUUUCAGCCCCACGUCGGGCUCUGUGCGACGGCUGGGAGCCUGGAGCCUGCUUGGAUUCUGUGUCUCCCCCUCUCUCGGCCCCUCCCCCGCUCAUGCUCUGUCUCUCUCUCUCUCUCUCCUUUGAAAAUAAAUAAAAACAUAAAAUAAAAGAUCCAGAAAGUAAAUGUAUGAUUCACUUAAAGAGUAGACGAGAUGAAAAAGCAGCCCAGCCAAAGAAGAACAUCCACCACGGAAAGACAAAAAUGCAGAGAUUUCAGGGUAAAGAGUUAUUGUUUGUUAUCCGAAUUAAUUCCUCCAAGUUUUUUUUUUUUCUUGAGAGAAAUGGACUUCAGAAGGGUGCUGUAUAUGGGUAGAAAGACCAGUCGAAACAGUCUUGAAAAUAUGUUUCUACUUCUUUUCUGUUUUUUACAGCCUAUCAUUUAAAAUUUAUAACUCUUUAUAAACAUUCAAACAGUAGCAAAUUGCAAAUUGUGUUUUUUUUAAUGAUUACUUAGCAACAGUCAUGAAACAGCCACUCUCACCUCCUCGUUUUAUUAGUGAAGACGAAGUGUCCCAAAUGGAAAAUAGCACAUCGUUAUUUUUUUAAAAAGAGAUCUUAUUUUGAAGUAACCUUUCUACCCAAGGUGGGGCUUGAACUAAGAACCGUGAAAUCAAGAGUCACGUGAUCCACUGACUGAGCCAGCCAGGCCCGCGAGGUUCACACUGAAAACUAAGACAAUUCCUUUUACUUUGCUCUGUAUGAUUUUCUUGGUGGUACUAAGCUUCAAAAGAAGUUAGGAAUGAGAAUUCCACACGCCCCUCAUCUCUUUCUCCAUUCUUCCCUUGACCCUUCUGGAGCCAGGCAGGGGUCUUCUGUGUCCUCCCAGCAAAGUUGAUUGUUCUAGGGCCUCAUGAUAGCCCAUUCUGUCAAUGCAAGCACUGGAACAGUAGCGUCAUGAGCACCUCAUUGCUCUACCCAAUUCUUCUAGCCACACAGGAUGGCAAAACACGACUCACUGGCCCUAUCUAGCCUGAUGCCUGCUUUUCAAAAAUGAAGAUGUAAGUGACCUAGCACAUUACAUUCGUUUCAGGUGUACAACAUGUAUCUCUUGCGCUGUAUGCAAAUUGCAAUGCGCCCCUGUAUCUAUUGCAAAAUGACUACAAUAAAUCUAGGUACGCCCUUUUUGAAGCCCCAUGAGCUAAGAAUUUUUCUCGCCUUUAAAAAAGGUAAAACCAAGCAAAGAGUAUACAUAUUUUUAAAUGUUUAUUUUUCAGAGAGCGCGUGUGCAUGGGGGAGGGGGACACAGUACCCAAAGCAGAGAAGCAGGGUCUGUUCUGACAGCAGAGAGCCCAAUAUGGGGCUCGAACUCACCAACCUGGAGAUCACGACCUGAGCCCAAAUCGGAUGUUUAAGUGACUGAGCCACCCAGGCACCCCGAAGAAUUUUUUUUUUUGUAAAUGAGCCGUACCCAGUCAUUUAUGUAUUGUUGAUGGCUGCGUUCACGCUAGAAUGGCGGAGGUGAGUAAAUGAGACAGAGGGCGUCUGGCCCACCGGAGUCUCAAACGUUAUCUCUCUUUUUACCUAAACAAUUUGUCAACCGUGCUCCUCAGGAGUGCCUGGCCCCUUGCUGGAUGCUCGCUGGACUUAAGGGACCGGGAGGAAACAGAAAAGUUUUCCAAAGAGGCCUCAGGCCGUCUCAGGGAGCACGGAAGCUGGGAUGGCCCUUCACAAUAGAUCCAAACCGAAAUUAGAGGGUUGGCUUUGGUUCUCCAGCUUGACCAGAAGGGGGCGUCACUUGAGCUGAGGCAGUUCGGUGCAGGGCCCAACUCCCCAAGUGCUGGGGAAGCAGGUGCUGGGGAAAUGAGCUCUUCAUACAAAAGAAGGGAUCUGGCGGAAGCAAAACGCCACCUUCUGCAUUUCUCAGUGUUUAUUUUUAUACAUUAAUGUUUUACAACAUACAAUAUGGAAUAAGGAAACCCGGUUGUGAACUCAUUAUUCAGCCGUGGUAUCCACAGUUUUAAAUUUAUCAAGGUAACAGCUGCUCUUUAUUCAUUGCUUCCUAUGUGUCUGGCACCUUGUUACGUAUUUGCACGCAUUAGAGAAUUCUCAUCACCUACGAAAGAAAAUGCCCAUCAUCCCCUUUUUAGAGGUGAGCCAGCGGGGCUCAGGGAGAGUUAAGGAACUUGCGGGAGGUCAAACCAUGAGUGGUGAACCUGGAUUUGAAUUCAGUCCUGUUAAAAUGCAAAGUCCUGCUCCUCAAGUAUCACCACCUGCUUUCCUAUUGAUCACCAUGUUUUUCUCAUGAAAGACUGGUUUGGCUGUUCGAGGGGAAGAGAACUCAUGAGUCCCUUGACCCUGAGGCUGCAUCGUUUUCUCUUCGGUGUUUUGCUUGACAAUAUUUGCGUAUUUUCACACCCAGCCAAGAACUGAAGCUUUGAUUUACUCAUUUGUUUCUCUGGUCUCAAAGGGUAUUUACACACAGUAGGCGUCCAAUUAAUGUACGUCAAACGGUUACCUUUUGCUGGGCUGGAUACCGCAUCUGGUGGGUGAAGUGAAAGACCAGCAGUGUGAAAAAGCAACUACUUCUGACUAGAGCCAAGGGCUCUUCAGAGUUUCCCUUCAGGAGACAAAUAACUGAAUGAGCUUAUUUUCGGAGAGCAUGUAAGUAUCCUAAAGUGCAUGAUAAUAAAAUAUCGCGGGCAUUUCCCCUUUUGCUUA